UGGAAACAGAAGUGAAAGUAGAAUCGCAAAGGUUGAUAUUUAUAGAUAAACAACACUUUGAUAAACAUUUGAGAUUGAGGAUGGCAUGACAUGGAAGCUUUAAGUUCAGAUGAAAAGUACUUAAAUUACAAGCAUGGAAUGGAGAAAUACAGAAGUAGAAGUCGAUAUGCCAAAUGGUGCAUGUUAUCAGGCUUCAAUAAAAGAUAUAACAGAAUCUGGAGUUCUGGUUGUUUUCAAAGAUGACUUGAAGCCAGAAACCCGUGCAAAAUUUGAAAAAGUAAAACUACUUCCACAUCAAGAUGAAGAGAGCUUUGAUUUUAAACAAGGGGACAUUAUUCAGGUUAAUUCAAAAGCUGAUGCAGAUCAGAUUGAAGGAUGGUGGAAAGCUAAGAUUCAAGUUUUAAAGGGAGAUAACUGUUAUAUAGAAUAUAUAGACAGGGACAGCAUGGAUUUAGUGAAGAGAGACAACAUUCGACCAGUAAAUCAGGGUGAAUGUUUUAAAAAGCUUGUAGUGAAAGUACCAAAAAAUCUCAAAGCCAUUUGUGAAGAAGCUGGAAUACAUUCAGAAUUCAUCAAACAUUCAGGUGUACUGGCAGUAAUAUACAGUAGAGCAUCAUCAUCCUUGAUUUUUGUAUCUACAAGUGAAGAUUUAAACAAGAAAGCUGAACUUCUAACAGAUUUACAUGUAAAGGCACUAAAAGAAAAGUUACAACAGAGACAAUAUCGGGAAAAGAAAAAGCAUACAGAAACUUUCAUGGUCACAUCAGAUUUAAUGAGAUUUUCCAUUGGUACCAAAGGUUCUAACAUCAAGAAAGCUGCAGGCAUAAAAGGCAUUGAGUCUGUAAAUAAAGUGGAAGGUGAUGAUGAAUGUCUGUUUAAAAUUAGUGGUGAGUCUCCAGAAGCAGUUAAACAAGCAAGAGAGUUGUUGGAGUUUAAAAAAGAGCAGCUUACAGUACCACACCAUUUUGCAGGACGUAUAAUUGGCAAGGCUGGGAAAGCAAUAGAUGAGAUCAUAAAUAAAUCUAUGGUUAUCAAAAUUAAUAGAAGAAAUAGAUCUGAUGGUGUUGUUUUCAAUAUAAUAGGUACACCAGAAUCUGUAGAAAAGGCCAAAAUUUUACUGAAUUUCAAGUUGGAUGCUCUGAAGAACACUUUCAGUAGCAAAACAGAUGUUAAAGAUACUGAAAGGAGUGAAGUUUUAUCAGAUGAUGAAAAUUCUUCUGAUUUUAUCAGCCUUGAACAAAAAGAGAAAAUUUGUAAUCAACUGGACUCAUCAAAUAGAGGGAGAGGAAACAGAGCAGGAAGAGGGGGCAGGGGAGGGAGAGGGAGUAGAUUGAGGGGAGGUCAAAGGGGAAGAAAUAAUCACCAACAAGCAGAAAACACAGUAAAUCAAAAUGAUAUGAGACCCAAUGUCAUUCAGGAAGAUGCUAACAUAAUUACUACUGAAAGAAAUGAUACAUAUGUUGCAAAUGGUGAUUCAUUAUCUCAAGAAUCAGAUUCUGACGAGUCUUCAUCUUUUUCCAUCAAUAGUGAAAAGCACAAUCCAAUUUGUGGACAACCAAAUAGAGGUAGAUGGAAUGGUAACAGAGCAGGAAGAAGAGGCAGGAGAGGAAGAGAAAGUAGGUUUAAUGGGGGUAACAGGGGGAGAAAUAAUAACCAACAUGUGGUAAACACACAAAAUCACAAUAGAUCAAAUGUCAUUCAUGAAGAUGCUCAACCUUUUAAAACAAAUGAUGACUAUAUAAGUGAGUCUUUAUCCAAAGAAUUGCCAUCAGAUUCUGAGCAGUCUUCAGAUGAAGAUCGACCACCAUAUAGACGUAGAUUAGAUGGUGAUAGAACAGAAAGAGGUAGCAGGGGAGGGAGAGGAAGAAGAUUUUUUAGGGGAAGAAUAAGUCAACAAGUGGAAAACACACAAACUCAAACAGAUAAGAUAUUGGAUGUCAUUCAGCCUGAUGUCAGAACUAAUGUGAGAAAUAAUGAUUUUGAAACUCAAGAGAUAAUUGCAGAUCAUGAAAAUUCAUUAGAUGACACAAAAUCAUGUGCUUCUGUCAAUAGUGAACAACACAAUCCAGUUGACAUUGAGUCACCAGAAAGACCUAGAAGAAGGAUUGAUUAUAAACCAUCCAGAAGAGGUUUAGUUGGGAAUGGAAGAAGAAUUAGACGAGGGCGGAAUAGUGUAGAUAAUCAGCCAAAUGAUUCUCAAAGUCACCAGCUAGAUAGAGGAAAUCAAGAAAAAGAGGGUGGGUGGGGAAAACAAGAUGAUUUAAUCCCUGAAACUUCUCAGUCUAAACAAUUAGAGUUAGAUGAUAAUGUUGGAAAUACUUCUUAUGAACAAAAUAGUGCUGGAGUGAGACAUAAAGAUACAAGGAAUAAACCUAGAUCCAAAGAUACUGGAAUGAAGUCAGAGGAAGCAUCUAUUCCAAAAUAUAGUGAAGUUAGAAAUAAUAAACAGCACCAAGGUCAAUGGGGAUGUUUUGAGGAUAGUGAUAAAUGGAUACAGGUUAAUGGGGAUAUUCUUUCUCACUCUUGUGAAAAUUCUAAUAUACAAUCUGAGAAAACUUAUACCGACAGAACAAGAAGAGAUUCAGGUUCUUCAAUCAGAGGAAUUGGUGUAAGAGAAAGGAAAGUAAGUAGGCCUAGAGAAGGAUUGGAACAGAGAACUCAUCAUCAACAGAAACAUCUAAUGAAAGAUGAUUCAGAUGAGAAUACAAAUUCAGACGUAGAAAUACUUGAAUACGAGUACAUCAGCUUAUCCAGUGGUUGUAAUGACAAGUUUUCAACAGAUGAAGAUGUUACAAAAUCAUUAGCAAAAUUUAAUGCCUUACUAGAAGAUAAACCAAAACCUAAAAUUCAGAUAGAAAGUAAGGCAAUGAAAGAGAAAAGACUUAAAGAAGAAGCGCUAGAUAAAAUAAAUGAAAUGGAGAUUCUCAAACGCCUAGUUCAAAGAUUUGUAGGUGGUUGUAGCUUUGGUAGUUUUGGUUGUAUAGCUUAUGCAUUAUUUCCAGGCAGUGAUGGAAUGAAGGAAUGGUUUAAUACAAGAUCAAGAAAGUUUCAUAUUUAUAGAGAUGGCCCAGAAAUUGUUUAUAUUGGUCCUUAUUUCAAAGAACUGAAUAUUUGCAAGCACUUUUUCAACCCUUCCAAGCCAACAUUUUGUGACAAUCAGAACUGUAUUUUUUUCCAUGUAUGUAGGAAUUUUGUAAGAGGAAAUUGUAGAAGACAACAUUGCUGCUUUCCUCAUGACUUUGAUUUGACUCAGAAUGUUAAAAUGAAAGAAAAAUAUGGACUUAAAGAUUUUACAGACUCUGACAUAAUUGUCCUACUGAACUGGAAAUUUCCAAGAUUAUGCCCUCAUUAUAUAUAUAAACAUGGUGGUUGUAAGGAAACUGAUAAAAAAGAGGAAGAAUGUCCUUAUCUGCAUUACUGUAAAAAUUAUUUCUUUGGGAAAUGUGACAGGGGUGAUGGUUGUAGGUAUAACCACUCAUUUUCAGACUCUCAUAAUAAAUGGGUGUUAAUAUCUUGUCAUCUAGCCAAUCAGAAUGAAGAUAAUUUAAAAAAAAUGAUUUAUGUGCCUCCUAAUUUAGAGAACCCCAAGGAACAGGAAGAUACAGAAGAAUUUUCAUUGGAUGACAUUUCAAGGGAAGGAAGCAUUAAAUCUACAGCCAAUGAACAACAGACAGAUGGAAGAAGAAGAUUUAAACAUCCUUCAACGUUCAAGUUUAGUGUAACUCAAACAACAAUACAAGAAAAAAUAGGGAUAAGAUAUGCAUUGUCCAGUGAAAAUACAGUCACUGAAGAUACUCCAGAAUCAGAUGAUAGUCUGCUGGCAGAGGCUGCUGGGAAAAAACACAUCUGUUUAGCAUUGACGAAGAAAGAUUGUCCAAGCUCUGUAUGUUCAGAUUUACACUUACAGAAUGGUGUCCCAUACUUAUGGCAGGUAAAGAUAGAUGGAGACUGGGUGUCAUGUCUACCAAAGGACAACUUUAAAAUUGAAAAUGCCUAUUGCUCACUUGAACAGAAUGUACAGAUUAAGGAUAUUGUCUAUUCUGGAAACAUAUGUACAGUUCAUAUAAGCUUUGAGAUUGUAGAUGAAAAUAUGUAUGGGAUUGUAUUUGAUGCUAGUGGUAGUAGUUCUAAUAGGGUUAUUGUUAGACGUCUUAGUACUCCAUCAUUUGGUGAGAGAUAUCUGCCCGUAGAUUGUUAUCUGACACAAUGGAGAUGGUAUUGGAAAAAUGACCAUGGUGUAUGGUUGUGUUAUGAUACAGAUUUACAGACUUACACAUUAGAGGUGAAAUUUCUAAAACAACAGAAGACAUAUUUAUUUUCAAGAGAAAACUAUAAACAAAAGUAUCGUUUAUCCUUCACCUCAAUGGAACAGGUCAACUUGGAAUAUGGAACAACUAGAGUGCUCAUUAGACGUCCAUUAUUUGUUUCAAAAGAAGAUCUUCAACAGAAAAAUUAUCCAAAGAAAAUUGUGAGUAAAGCAAUUGAACUCUAUGGGGAAGAUUCUAAGCCAGCACAUUUUUAUCCAUGGGAUCUUGCUAAUGAGUUUGAAUUGGUUGAAAUAGUCUCUUCAUUUACUGGUGAAUAUAACGAUGUCCUGAGUUCAUUCCAGAAAACUAUGACUAGGGGAAAACAUGAAGUCAGAUCUAUUUAUAGAGUCCAGAGCAGGAAACUGUGGUCAGAGUUUGAGACCAAGAAGAAACACAUGCAUGCUGAUGCAGAGAAAGAUAAUCCCACAUUUUCAUCAAUAGAUGAGAGAACUCUUUUUCAUGGCACAGAUUCUCUAGAUGUUUGCAGAGGCAUAUGCAUAAACAAUUUUGAUUUUCGAAAAAGUGGUAAAAACGCAACAGUUUUUGGGGAGGGAUCAUAUUUUGCCAGGGAUGCAAAGUAUAGUCAUAAUUAUACAAAAGCUUCCUCUGAUUUUGGUGAUAGAUACAUGUUUAGGGCCAAAGUUUUAGUUGGGAAAUUUACACAAGGUAGCUCAACGUAUCGAAGACCACCAGAAAUUCCAGGGCAGAGUCAUAAACUGUAUGAUUCCUGUGUUGACCAUCCAGUAGAUCCAAACAUUUUUGUCAUUUUUGACAGGAGUCAAAGUUACCCAGAAUACCUUAUCAACUACAGAGAAAACGAUUAUGGUCAGAGAGUUUCCUUGGGGACAACACAUAGUUCAGUACCGUCCUAUCCAACUUCUCACCAACCAUUACAUCAAAGAGUGCCUCCAGUAAGUUCUGCCUACUCUUCAGGAGGAAACAGUUUUGGGACUGCAACUAGAUUCAAUUCUAACUCUAAUUCGGCAUCAAACGCACCAAGUGGAAGCAGUACAAGGACUUCAUCAAUAUAUAAUCCUGUUUCUAAUUCAGCAUCAAGUAUGAGGAAUAGCUCAAGUUCAUCUGGUAACCAACCAUCCUUAUCACAGAACUACACAAACAAUAGUAGAAAACAUGAUAAAGAUUGUGUUAUCUUGUAAUGAUUUUAUACACAGUACAUACUGUAUGAAAACACUAAUUUUCUGUGAAAAAAUAAAAGAUACAUGCUUCAAUUAGCUCAAUAGAACUCUAAGUAAUGAUUUGAUCCCUUAAGAGAAGGAAUUUAAUUUAUGUUCAUUUGUAAAGGAAUUUAAAAUCAUGAAUGAAAAUGGUAUUAAUCAAUUGUAAGGUAACAAGUUAUAAAAUGGAAAUUGUUUUUUUCUGUUUUACAUGGUGUAGAACAUUUUUUUAUACCUACAUAUUUUCUGCUUAUUACCAUGAUGACAUGUUUACAUGGACUAUCAUUUUUAAAGAAAGACCACAAGUAUAAUGCUCAAGUUUACACCUAACUUGCAAUAAUUGGAAUACUGGAAAGUUGCCAAUAUUUUUUUAUAAACAUGAAAGAUAUAACUAGUUGAGUACUAUAUAUAGAAAAUAUAUAUUUCUGGUAGCCAUCAGCGUACUUGUGUGAAGAUGUACUAGACUAGACAUUAGUUGAGCUGAUUUAUUUGUCCUUGUUGAUGUGUUGCAUUAAGUAUUCUUUAAUUAAUACCUGUUGGUGACCUUCUGCUGGUUUUUUUCUAUGAUCGGUUCAUUGUCUCUUUGACACAUUCCCCAUUUCCAUUCUCAAUUUUAUUAUUUUUUUAUUUCAGAUUUUUACAUUUUCCAUUUAUAUUAUUUUGAUUUCUAUGUUAAGAUUUUGUUUAUUGGUUAUAUAUAAUAAGUCAUGAAAGCUUUACUGUUAUGUGAUUUUUUAAAUGAUAAAAGGUUGUGCCAUAAUUUCUGUAAUUUUUGUUUUAUUAUGUAGAUUACAUGUUAAAGGUUAUCUUGUAUGCACAUUUUUAAAACAUGUUUUUCUAAAGCAUUAAGGUAUUUGCUAAUCAAUAAUAAUUGUAUUUGUUGGAUAAAUAAAUGUUUUUUUAACAGUGAAUACAGAAAGUGUAAUGAUCUCAGAUAUAUAUUUUAUGACAUUGUUACCAUGAUAUAAGAUAUAACACACAAGCAUUUCUUGCAUCAUUAAAUAAAACAAAAAGUAAAAUCACAAAAAUACUAAACUCAGAAGAAAAUCCAAUCAGAAAGUCCAUAAUCACAUGGCAAAAUCUAAUGACGAAACACAUCAAAAAACGACUGGACAAUACAUACAUUACAUUUGAUAUAUGUAUCAUUUUUCUUCCAAUAUAUCCAUUGUUUCAUAUUUGGUUACCCUUUUUAUGUCUUUUUUUACACAAAUGAUUGAAGGGAUGCUGUUCUAUUCAAAUUAAAGAAAAAGAUGGAAAGAAUCAUAAUUUUUCAUAUUUUCAAAAAUUGUGAUAGGAUAAAGGUUGUACACAAGUAAAAACCUAGUAAUUUCAAAUUAUUAUAGCAAUUAAAAUUCAUCUAAAUUAUCUUUCUUAUAAUUUUGAUAAUUAAACAAGCAUUAUUUCCAUUUCCAUUCUCAAUUUUAUUGUUGUAACUUGUUUAAAAUAUAUGCAACUAUUAAUUCUGGCACAAAUUUCUGAAUAUAUACAAAAGCUAAUUUUAAAUUUAUAAGAAAGUACUUCAUUGAAACUCGGAUAGAUCUAGUAUUAUUGAAGAAGAUGUUUCUUCUGAGCAAUCAGUAUUUUUAUAAUCAGUUCAGAGACUGUUUGCAAAGGCGAUAUAUUUGCCUUCAAAUGCUGAAAUACUGAAAAGUUUAGUAUAGUAAUCCUAAUGAACAUUUGUUGAAAAUAUACAUAAAAGUAGUUUGCAAAUUCAAAUCCAAUUAAACUUUUAUAUAUGUAAUAAGUGAUUGCACAAUUUGCAUUAAAACAUUGUAAUUAAGCCCGCCUCAAGUUUGUCGGAACACAUUGAUGACAUAUAUAGAGCGACAUGUUUUUUUUUAUUUAUGUUAUCCAAAAUGCAUAUUUCAAUUAAAAUUAUUCAUUAUUAUUAAGGAUGAUAUGGUUCCAAGAAGAAAAAAGACCCUUAAAAUGCAUUAAAUCAUAAUUUCUGACUCAAUUCAGUGCAGUAUCAAAUGAAAAUUUGGAAGCAUUUAACACUGUUUAAGUUUGAUUAAAGUCCUACUCUUUUCAAUAGAGGUAAUCCAUUCUUAUCCCAAACAGUGACAUUAAUUUUUUCAUAUUUAUGUUUGCUCAUGUUGUUUUGUUUAAUUUUUUGUUUAUCGUUUGGCUUAGUUUGGUGCAACUGGUUUACUUUAAAACUACAAGUUUGUCUUUAUUUUUAUGAUUGUAUAAUUUGUUUAACAUGGGUGCUGUAGAAUAAUUGUUUUCUUUUUCGAAUACUGUAUCAUUGGUUGUAGUGUUUUUUUUCCACACAAAAUUUGAUUUUCCAUGAAGAAACUAUUCAAAAUCUAACAAUUUCGUUAGGCCUAAAAAGUUGGGUAGCCCACAUCUGAUAUAUAGGAAAAAGCGUGUUUUAUUAACAAUAUGACAAUUAUUUAAAAAUAAUUAUGGAUUUUAAUAAAGGAGUCCCCCCUUUUGUUAUUUACCUUAAUCAAUGUCAGGAGGACCUUUAAACUUCAACUAGCUGCAGAAACAAAUCUCAGUUAUUUUUGUUUGUAAGAAACACAAAACAAUUAACAAUAGCUUUGAAAACUGAGCCAGAAAUGCAGUUAGUUUGUUCAGGGCUUUUUUGUGAUCAUUUUUUUUCUAUUGGGGAUGGGACAAUAGUCUUUUUAAAAGUUUGUUAAGAUAUUCUAUUCAUCAGUUAUCAAGUAUUUCGUAUUGAUACUAUAGUUUGACCUGUAUUUAGAUCUCUGUAUUGUUACAAAGUCCAAAUAUUUGUUUAUAUGUCUUUCAUUUUAUAUUGAAAUUGAUGGAGAAAUAAGAUUACAAGUAUAAUUGUUACUUUUAUCAUAUAAUUAAAAUU